CGAUAAGAAAACGGUGACUUCACUCUUUGCUAAUCAAGGUCCAAGCUCCACCCCCACCAACACCAAGCAGAAGCAGCAUUGCAACCUGAGGCACCAAUAAUUUGUCUUGUGUCAACACAGAACGCUGCGGGUCCCCACAGUAACCCUCAGGGGCAAUUUAGGAGGGGUCGCUUUUGGGCAGUAUCAGGAAGUAAUCAAAUUACAGCUUGAUUUUGGGAGAUAGCUCAACACUUUUAUUCAAUUCUUGAUUCAAAAUGGCAUCGUCCGAUUUUCAGAUCUUUACUUCUCUUCGUUACGACCCUGCCCUCCUCCAAGUUCACUCCCACCCAGACUUCACCCACGCAAGCUGGAACCAUGGCCACUCCUCUCCCUUUUACAUGCUAGACUACCACCGCGACCGCAUGCUUCGCGCAGCUCAUCAUUGGAAAUGGGACUCUGUCAUCUCUUCUCUCACUGGUGACGUUGGACUUCAACUUUUGGCGGACAAUAUCACAGCUCAUCUCGCUCAAAAAGACCAGCCAGCCCGAGUAAGGGUGAACAUUUUCCAGAACGGGAAACUAACAGUGACGUCCGCUCCCGUCCCAUCAGUCCCCCUCUCAAGACUCUUUCCAACAACACUAGACCUCCCUACACUGGACUUGUACUCAGGCAGUGUGUUCGAAGUGGUAGUCGACACAACAGACAACGUCAAUCCAUCAGAGUUCACACAUUACAAGACCAGCCAGAGACAAGUAUACGAGGAGGCGAGGCAACGGGCCGGUAUCACGUCACCCACGAUUUCCAGGGAAGUCUUGAUUGUGGAUAGCAAGGAUGGGUCGGUAAUGGAGGGGUCGAUUAGCACGCCUUAUUUCUUUCGGGAUGGGAAAUGGGUCACACCGUUCGUGAAUAAGGAGACUGAUAAAGAAUGGCAUGGUGGGCAGGAUGGUACCACCAGGAGGUGGGCUCUGGAGAGGGGACUUGUUGUUGAGGAGGUUGUUUUAGCUCAGUCUCUGGUUGAUGGAGAAAAAUGCUGGCUGAGCACCGGAGUUAGAGGGUUCAUACUUGGGCGGGUAAAACUGAACCCAUGA